UAAAGAUCGCUGGGGAAUAUGUCACCUACAUCUCACCUACAUCUGCAAAUGUACAACUACACCACAGUCACCAUGGGGGUUUCUCUACAUACCGAGGGGCAAAGCCGGCCCAUCUCAGACCAAAGCCGGCCCAUCUCAGACCAAAGCAGGCCCAUCUCAGACCAAAGCCGGCCCAUCUCAGACCAAAGCAGGCCCAUCUCAGACCAAAGCAGGCCCAUCUCAGACCAAAGCCGGCCCAUCUCAGACCAAAGCAGGCCCAUCUCAGACCAAAGCAGGCCCAUCUCAGACCAAAGCAGGCCCAUCUCAGACCAAAGCAGGCCCAUCUCAGACCAAAGCCGGCCCAUCUCAGACCAAAGCAGGCCCAUCUCAGACCAAAGCAGGCCCAUCUCAGACCAAAGCCGGCCCAUCUCAGACCAAAGCAGGCCCAUCUCAGACCAAAGCAGGCCCAUCUCAGACCAAAGCCGGCCCAUCUCAGACCAAAGCAGGCCCAUCUCAGACCAAAGCAGGCCCAUCUCAGACCAAAGCAGGCCCAUCUCAGACCAAAGCAGGCCCAUCUCAGACCAAAGCCGGCCCAUCUCAGACCAAAGCAGGCCCAUCUCAGAUCCACUCCAUCCCUCUGCCCCCUGCGCGCUGUUGCUCUUCACCAUUCUGUGGCCUCACAAUCCUACGCAGGCACUGAAAUGGAUGCAUACCUCCAAGCACCACACGACCCCAGAAGGUCACCGCUUGGCUGGGCUGGGAGCCGGAUCCCGUGCUUCACCACUAGGGGUCACCGUUGGACACGGCUCCCUGCCGGAAUAUUUUGGGAUUUUCCGGGGGAUUGGAGGUGGAGCCUGACACAAAAGCUUCUGCCCUGCUCCCAAA